GAGAAGGGGGCAGUAGGUUUGGUUGAGCAGCCUCUGUUUGUCUGUUCCACACAGGCUCGGGCCCGACGGGGGAGACGGAGCCCCAGGACUGUUGAAGCCUGAAGUCCCUCCCCUUCCCCUCCCCCUUUGCCGCUCUGUGGCAUCCCCCUCCCUCUACCCUUUCCUGCUUGGACAACCUGGAUAUGACUAGCAGAAGUACAGCCAGGCCCAAUGGGCAGCCCCAGGCCAGCAAAAUAUGCCAGUUCAAACUGGUCCUGCUGGGAGAGUCAGCAGUGGGGAAAUCUAGCCUGGUGUUACGCUUUGUCAAAGGACAGUUCCAUGAGUACCAGGAAAGUACCAUUGGAGGUGAGUGUCUAACGAAGCUUCAGUACUUAGUGGGGCAUGAAAGGACCGUUAGAGUGCCGCAUGAGAAUGAGAAAGCAAUACUACUUUUGUCCUUUUAGGAGGCUCAGGCAUAUGCAGAUGACAACAGCUUAUUAUUUAUGGAGACUUCAGCUAAGACUGCUAUGAACGUGAAUGAUCUCUUCCUGGCAAUAGCAAAGAAGUUGCCAAAGAGUGAACCCCAGAAUCUGGGGGGUGCAGCAGGCCGGAGUCGAGGCGUGGAUCUCCAUGAGCAGUCCCAGCAGAACAAGAGCCAGUGUUGUAGCAACUGAGGGUGGCUAGCAGCAAACACGUGUGGAGUUAGCACGAGAGCUAAGACAUAACCUCCAUCCCCACCCCUCAGCACACAGCCCCACGGUAACAGCACACUGAGCCCUGGCUCCCAAGGGCUGCACCUGACAGCUCUGUCAUGGCACUUUUUAAUGCUUCAGCAACCAACACCAGGCAGCUGUUGCCACCACUAUGCCCUACUCUGGGGUUUGGGGGUCAGAUCUCCCCAGGACCUUCCUUCCAAAACAAACUUUCUUCACUUUGUAUUCUAGGUGCAAGACAGUGGCUCCUCAUUGUUACUCCCCCACUGUGUUCUUCCCGUGUUUCAGGGAAGACUUUUGUCUCCUGCCUCUUCCCUGUCCCACCUCUCAUCACUCCCUGUCCUUGAUCCUGUUUCCUCCUCUUCCCAAGAUGAUGAAAGGUAAACCAGGGACUGAGAAGGGAGACAGUGUAAUUUUAGUUGCAUUAAGGGCCCUGCAGGGACGCUAAGGCUCAGAGCAGGAAGGAGUAAGGAAAUACUUAUUUGUUUUAUUUAUCUGGUAGGAGUUUCUUGUCUGUGAGACACUGCAGCACCCAUCAGUUGGACUGGUGGACGGUGUUCCUAGGUAGGAGUGAAAUAGGGAGGGAAGCCUGCAGGCCCCAUCUGGGAGUUGAAUUAGCUGAUUGGAUAAAGGUUGAGGUGCAGUGUCAUCUGUGGCUCUGGAAUUCAUCCCAAAGCUGUUUUCCCUCACCCACUCACCCCCACUCCAGUGUGGGGAUUGGACCUCCAAGUGCUCCAAAGAAUCUUCACUGGUUGCCUGCACCCUUAGCUCUGCUGUGAGUAAUUGGGGGAGGUACCAGUUUCUGGUACCCAUCCUCUGGUUAUACAUAGGCAUUUCCCUACCCUGGCCUUGACAUGGCCUUUGCCCCAGAUGCCAUGCCCCUGCAGUUUGCACUUUAAUUGAUGGUAGUUCAGUCAGCAUACAUGUUUUACGGGGGUUUUGAUUGAUUUACCUAUCCUUUAACCUUUUUAAUUAAAUGGAAUGUACAAUGUAUGAGGUUUGGGGGGCACUAUAGAAAACAGUAACAGUAGCAGCUACUCGGGCCCAGUCUCCACUGCUAGCCUCCUCUGACCAAUUCAUGCCUCUGUCUGAGCAACUGCGGAGUGGCCUCAGACAGCACGGGCCGUGGUAGUGGAGUGAAGGAGGGUCAGGCAAAGGGAGUGUCUUAUCUUCCCAGGGUUCACAUUCACCUUGCUGUAUCUCACUGCGUCUUUUCUACUUCCCUGUAAAUACUUAGUCUUUAUUCCCACUGUACAGGCCCUUCUGUCCCCUGCUGCCCCUUUUUUCUUAGUAUCUUGAGUUAGUUCCUCCUUCACCCACCCCCCACUCUUACUUAAUCCAUGCACCACUAGAGGCUCCUGCCACAGAGGCCACUUGUCCUAUGACAGGCGCAGCUAGAACUGAAGGUGCCUCACAGCUGCCUUGUGUCAUCAGAGGGCGUGGUCCUCUACAUCCUUCCUUAGGUGUUUUAGGGUGUCUGUGGGAAGCCAUCAAGGCAAGAGGGAACUCAGUUGUUUUGUGUGUUAGCCAGACUUUUUUGGAAAUUUGCAGAAGAAAGGAAAGACCACAGUAACCUAGAGUUAGAGCCUUUCUGUCCCUUGGCUGACAGACUACCUUUUGUUCCAGAGAGCUGAGGAAUCCAUGAAGCCAAGAUUCUCAAGGACCCUGCUCAGGGUCUUCCACUUAGGUUUCAAUUCUCUUCCUUUUCCAAGGGCAGCCUUAGUUCUCACAGCCCUGAAACACACAUAAGUCUCCAGCUUUUCCUAGAACCCGUGAAUCCUCCAAAGCACCAGGUGCAUCUGGAGACUCUGGGGUGGCUAAAUCUUCUCUGAGGUCUCCGAGGGACAAGAGUGAAGGUGUUUCAUUGCCUAGGGGCUGGGAGAACAAUUCCCUGGGCUUUUCUCUUCCCUCCCUCCCUCCCUUUCUCUCUUAGGAACAGUGUUGGCCUUAGCUCCCGGGCCUGGCUGCGGCCUCCCCUCUAUCUACUCCUACCAGCUCUUCUGCCUUCAUUUGAGCUCUGUUGGGCUUGAGGGUUCUUGUUGUUCUCUACCCUUCCUCCUGUUACCUUUUUUCUUUUGAUCAAUUUUUUGGGGGGAGGAGUCAUCUUUUUUUUUUUU